UUUACCUACCCUGUGCGACUACUUGUUCCGUCCGGCGCGCGAGUGUGAAGGUGUGCGCCAUCGACCACUGGAUUCAUAUUUCGUAAAACGUUCACAGCGUCUCUCUACUCCUCCGGAUUCAAAGCUCAAACACUCAAAACACAGCGAACGAUCCUUCGCUAGAAAAAAAAAAAAAACAACGCAUCGACCGAACAUCUCCAGUCGCCGGUUCGACGAGCAAACAACCCCUCCCUAGUUUUCCUGCUCGGAAUACAGGGUAUAUACAGUGAGUGACGGCGUGAUCGAUCAGCGUUCGCCAUGGGCCAGAAGAUGGGCAAGCAGCGCUCGGCGGACAUCACGCCGGCGCCCAAGGACAAGGUGAAGCGACGCAAGAGCAAGCGGGAGGCCAACGGCGACACCCAGGGCACCAUCACGCCCACCGGCGACGGGGUGGUUGCCGCAGCCACUGCCGCCCAGAAGGCCACACAGGAAACCGAAGUGCCUCAGGUAGACAAGCCCGCUGAAAAGAUUGAGGCCGCCGCCAAGGAGGUCAUCACCAACGGCACUGCUGAUGUGCCCGAGGUCAAGCCAGUGCCCAACGGCACAGCCGAGCCCGUAGCCGAGAAGGUCGCGGAACCCGCCGCGCCCCAGGAACCCGCGGCCCCUGCCGCCACGGAAGCCAAGCCCGCCGAAGAAGUCAAGCCUGCGGAGGAGCCAAAGCCAGUCGCCGAGCCCGCUCCCGCUCCGGAACCUGCGGCCGCGCCAGCUCCCGCCGAGCAGAAGCCCGAAGAGCACAAGCAGCCUGAACCGGAACCCGCACCUAAGGUGGAGGAACUGCCCGCAGUGGUGGAACAGGCUAAACCUGCCGAGGAGGAAGCCAAGGUGACCGAGGAGGCACCGAAGGUGGAACCCGCCCCAGCAGCUGCCGUCGAACCGGCCAAGGAAGAAUCCGCGCCGGCACCCGAAGCCCCCGCCACAGAAGCUCCUGCGGCCGCACCGGCAGAACCGAAGGUUGAGGAGCAGCCCGCUGAAUCAACCGUUCCCGCCGCCGAGGUCGUCUCUCCGCUUCAGGAUGGCGGAUACCUCGAGCCUCAGCCUACCGAAAUCGUUCUCGAAAAGGCCAUAGCCGAGGCUGACCAACAGGCGCCGGCGCCUGUCGCAGAUGCCUCAGCCCCGGUCGAAGAGACCAAACCGGCCGAAGCACAGCAGCCCGCAGCAGAACCCGAGGAGUCUAAGGACAUCGAUCUCCCGCCUGUCACAGAACUUCCCGCCGUAGAACAGCCGGCGGUGGCACCCGCGACCGAUGCGGCGGCCACGGAGUCCCCAUCCGCCGAAGACCUGGAAAGCAAGCCAGAGGACAAGGCACCCGAGGUUUCCAGCCCCGUCGCCGAGCCACCGGCUGAACCCGCUGCUCCCACGGAGACCUCCGCUACCCCAGCUGAGCAGACGAGCCCAGCGGAGUCUAGGCCCGAAGUAGAUGCUGCACCCGCCGCCGAUGCCAAAGCCGAGAGUCCGAGCGCCGAGGCUCCGAAGGUGGAGGAGUGAAAGCACGGGUCAUCGCCCCAAGCUUGGAAUCUAGAGCUCCUGAGCCCCCGCUGACCAUGUUGUGGCUUUCGUUCUGUAUUCACGUUCUCGGGUGGGAAAGAGACUUCUUGUGCGGGGAAACAAGUGGGUUAGGGGAAGGGCUUUUCAUACCAGCAGCGCCCCCUGGCGGCUGGUGGCGACGACAAACUGUCGGACCUUAGUUGAAGCACGACGCGCUCGUAUUGCGAAGAUGCUGACGGAUGAGACACGCUGUAGUUCCUCGUACGAAAAAAUUAUUCGCACGGACCACACAAGCCUUCGGAACGGGCGGCAACUGUUUGCCAGGUCGUGCCAUUCUUUGGGAAAGGAAAAUGGGGGUGGGGGAAAGGUGAGCAGUGACGUCACGUAGCUCACCGUCACGUGGGGCGAAAAGCUCCGCGUAUAGCUUGUCACGGGCAGAAAGGCACGGCAUUCUACGACGCUGAGUUGUAUACAUUUCACUCGUCAGUUAGUCCCCGUUUUUUUUUUUUUUAAUUUCAGCGUGUUCCUGGACACAUUUCUUGUCGUGUCACGUGGUGGUUGAGCCGAAACGUCGCCAAUCGCUCUCCUGCGAGUUCCCCCCCUAGAUAAAGCUCCCCGCGAAAGAAGCUUUCGAUGUGGUCACCACAUGGCACUCUCGGAUAACUGCGGUUAACCGACACUUGGUGCCUCUGAAGUUGGUCACCCGUUCCCUCGAUAGCUCGUUUUCGUCAGUGAGUCCGCGCUUUUUUUAUUAGUCCCGUUAUUGCGGAUUUAUAGUGUGCCAUGGUGAAGAUGACGUGUGUGUUCUUCUUUCAGUUCACUUUUAUAAUCGUAGCUACGUUUUCCAAUGCUCCUUCACGCAUUAUUUAACCACUCGGCUUUCUGUAAACGCGCCACAGGGAGGGUCCUCUCUCCGUUUGUGUUUCUAGGUCAGUUUGUGUGUGUGUGCGCGUACUACGCGAGAUGAAGCCGCGACGAGGCCCUCUAUGAUCAAAAGGCUUCUCUGCAGGCGAAGUGGCGGCGCCAGAAGCUGUUUUUUUUUUUUGCCUUUGAAAAACAAAUCUCACACGGACAGAGGUCGCAGUGUUCUUAUGUGCCAAUCAUCUGUUACUAGCCCGAACGUGGUCGCAGUUCUUUGCGCGUUGUGACCAGUCGUCACAUCUCGUUGGGGUGCUUACGCCCUGGAACCUUUUUGGCCCAAAAUGUGCAUGCGUGCCGAGGUGCAAGCUAGAGGAACGGUGUAUAGGUUUUCUUCACCAGCGGAAGUUGACCGUAAUGUGCCGUUUGUCGCUAUCCCCUUGUAAAGCGGUGUCCAUCGCCAAGGGGACGUUCUUCCCCCACACAAUGUGGGAUGGCCGCUUGGUGACGCCACAAGCCUGUGGCGUGCUCAUUGUGCGGUGCUUGUAAGGAUGUCGUGUGUUCGAGCCACGUUCGUCAGCGUAGUCAGGAUUUUUGGAAAGUUUGCAUUUUCUCUUCUUUACACAGCAGUAACGCGCUAUCACUUUUAAAAUAGAUGUAGUUGCACCGACUCAAGCCGGCCAGCGACGCUUUUGGGCUGGCCGAUAUAGGUUUUCAUUGCCAAGUCUUUGGCAUCACACAGUUUACGUGUCACGCGAUAGCAGUUCCUCUCUGGCUUCAGGGUACCUUUGCUGCGAGAUGCCUUGGUGCUUUCAAGACGCCCAGAACAAUUCUUUCGUCUUCUUUGAGCGCGACGGAGCUUUGAAUUCUUUACACACACACACUUAUAUGGUCCAGAAUUUUUCUGGGCCUAUUUGUACGCGCCACCUGGCGGUAUUUCUCAGUAGCUCGUUUGUACUUUUCACAACUCGUUGAGCCAGGGCUGCAACAGACCAGUCUGGCCGUGCGACUUCUUCUAAGCACUAUAGCGUUGUCCAUGUUUUUUUCCUCGUCUGGCUGCAAUUUUUUUUCGAUGCCUUUAUAACGUGAUUUUUUUUACGGUGUUUGCAGACACUUCUUUCCGCCCUCCAAUGUUUAUACUCUGAAUAAACUUCUGAUACAAACUUUUCA